GUCAGUAUCUCCAAGGCAGUAGUAGAGACCGAGCAAAGUCAGUUAGAAUCCACUCAGGCUCCUCCCAGUGUUCUUCAAGAAUGUGAAACUGCUACUAGACCUAUAGAGCCUCCUGACGAUACUUCAGUGCCUAAAGUGGUCUGUACCCUGACAAUUGACAACACUCAAGAUGUUUUUGAGAUGAUGUAUGAAGCACGAGAGAAGUGGCGUAACAUUGGGGGAGUCUUCCGUCUUUCUGAGUCAACUCUGAAAAAUAUUGAUUCAGAAAACAGAAACAAUGACGACAAGCUACGCAAUGUCAUCAUUGAAUGGCUCAAUAGAUAUGGAGGAACUGGAGAUUGCACUUGGACCCAUGUGGCCAUGGCACUGAGAAAUAAAACUGUGGCUCGAGAAGAUGUUGCUCGUGAGGUGUUAGAGCAGUAUCCCCAGCCAUGGAGUGUUCCUCCUCCCUCCCUUCCUCCUCCACACACUUCCCCUGACUCAGGAUCUGGAGCUACUGCAGUUACGCUGCAACCAAGUACCUCCCACCCUCUAGCAGGGGUCAGUAUCUCCAAGGCAGUAGUAGAGACUGAGCCAGGGCAGUUAGAAUCCACUCAGGCUCCUCCCAGUGUUCAUCAAGAAUGUGAAACUGCUACUAAUACUGCAAGACCAAACGAGCCUGCUGACGAAUCUCCAGCUCCUAGCACAGCCUAUAGUCUAACAAUUUACAAUACCCAAGAGGCCAUGGCACUGAGAAAUAAAACUGUGGCUCGAGAAGAUGUUGCUCGUGAGGUGUUAGAGCAGCAUCCCCAGCCAUGGAGUGUUCCUCCUCCCUCCCUUCCUCCUCCACACACUUCCCCUGACUCAGGAUCUGGAGCUACUGCAGCUACAGUGAAACCUAGUACCUCCCACCCUGUAGCAGCUUCAGGUGUCUCACUACUUGCGUCUACCUUUCCAGUUGUUUCAAUGAGUUCAAUGUCUGAAAUGCAAAAGAAAAUUUUGCAGCGUAAAAUAAACGAAGAAAGUGAACUUCUUAUGGACGAGUAUGCAUCUUUACGCUCACGUACUGAACACUAUCUUCUUCUUAUCAACUGUAAUGUUGAGAAGUUAGUUGUGUGUGUAUGGAUGUCGACAUGUAAGCGCGUCUCUCAAAGAUAA